CUGAAACAACCAUUCCGUGCUACUGCUGCUAACAUCAUUUGAAUACAUUUGAUAUGUACACAGUCAAGCCGUUGGUCGAUUUUGGCUGAAGGAGGGGUGCAGAGCGCGCCAAUCUCGAUGCAGUCUAGUGCGGCUUCUGUCUUGGACUGCACACCACCGCCAUGCCAAGCCCCAGCGUAAACAACAACAACAUGUAAACAAACAGACUCACCCCAAACCACCACCAUCAGCGAGGGCAUCUCGACCAACAUCAACCGCAAAGCUAACAGUCGCAUCGAUCAUUGUCGCCCUCAAGACCAUAACCGCUUCCAAAAUGUCCUACAAUCCGCGCAUGAGCACUGCGCGUGCCUCCACUCAUCAUCAGCGUGCCCCGGUAGUCAACGAAGCUGACGCUUUCAUGACCUUGCCUGAUUCCGAGAUCGCGGGAUGUAUCAGUGAUAUUGGUGGCAACAUUGGCAUCAACUUCACCACCGCCGACUUGCAGAAGCCGAAUCCACAAAUUAUCCAAAAGGUUUUCGAAUGGCUGGCGGAGCUGUUGAUGAACACAACGCGCGAUGUGGUUUCUCCCGCUAUGAGAGCAGCUUCUGAAGAUAUAUGUGGCGGAGACGUGGACAGAGUCUUCACAAGUGACACAAGAGAUCUUGUUGGGUUCUUCGUUGUCAUGAGAAAGCUUUUACGCGAGUGCGGAAUCCACGACUUCACAUUUCAAGACUUGUACAAGCCUACCUACCCGCGCCUCGUCAAAAUCUUCUCGUACAUGAUCAACUUCAUCCGAUUCCGUGAAUCUCAGACCGCGAUUAUCGACGAGCAUUUCAACAAGAGUCAACGUACCAAACUCCGCAUUGAGGAGCUCUACGACGAGAAGCAGGCUAAAGAGAUGCAGCUAGCAGAUCUAGAGCGCAACCGUAAGGCAACCCAGAGACUGAUGGAAGAGAAGGAAAAGCGCAAUGCGGAGCUUAGGAACCAAUUACGAGAGUUUGAGAGGAGACAGCAGGCGGUGCAAGAAAAGCUUGAGCGCGCCAAAAACGAGCAGAUCCGCCUCAAGGCACUGCUGCAAGCAAAAGCUGAGAAUAAGGAGAAUGUGCAGCGUGACGUGCUCAAACUGAAACCGUAUACGCAACAGAGCCCAACCGCAUUGGAGGAUUCUUUACGCGAUCUUAACGAUCGUCUCACAAGCGACAAAACCCAGAUUGAUUCCCUAGAUCGUCGUGCCCGCGCUCUUCAAACUUCAGCCGACUCCUUCGCUGUUGUUUCCACGGAUGUGACCUCAUGCACACGCCUUCUCAGCGAUGUCCAAACUGAUCUCACAAAAGAGGAGGAGGAGUCCAACAAGGCGUCACGCCAUCGUGACGCUCUCGCCGAUCGCAGUAACAAUGUGCGCGACGUUGAGCGCCAGGAGCGUCUACUGCAGAAGCAACUCGGGAACGUCAACGCACGCACAGACAAGCUUAAGACUAAAGCAGACGAGGAAGCUGAGCGUGCGCGUACACGGAUGGAGGAGCUGCGCGAGACACAUGCCAAAUUAGCCGAGGAACGAGGCGAAAAGGGUAGAGAUAUGGAAAGACGGAGAGUUCGAAUCGAACAGACGGAGAAAAAGAUGGCGGAGCUCAAAGAUAGCAUCGAGAACGAGAUUCACGCUGCGCACGACGAGUAUAUCAAGAUGGAGAGUCACAUCAAGCUAUACAUUACAGAAAUGGAACAGAGUAUCUAGAUGGCCGAGGGAUCUAUCAGACAAG